AAGCGCGCGGCCGCGAGUUACGGGCGCCAUUUUGGACUCAGUGUCUGGACGGAAGCGCCGGGAAGCUACGCGGUGGCCGCAGCUCGCUGAGGGUGUCUCUUGCGGUGACAAGGGGUCCUGGGAGAAAAACGUAGGCGGCGUGAGGCUGAGAAGGAAGACUUCUCCCUGGGCAGCCAGAGCCGCGAAGGUGGAGCCGCGUUGGCGCUCGCUGCGGGACCAGCGCCUCGGAUGCGGGCGGAGCGCGGGGGGCCGCGGCGACGGGAGCGCGAAGCCGGGGGCCUUGGGGGCCUCAUGUGAGAGCCGCGGGACCAGCCGCCGCCGCCGUCCCCGGAGCCCGGGGUGGUGUGUGGGCGAAGCCGCCCACGGCAGCAGGAUGAAACGUGGAGGUGGAGAUACUGACCAAAAUUCAUCAGAAGAAGGCACUGCAGAGAAAUGCAAGAAACUCAGGACUACGAGUGAGCAUUCUCAGGCUUGUGAUUGGGGUAAUCUCCUUCAGGACAUUAUUCUCCAAGUGUUUAAGUACUUGCCUCUUCUCGAUCGGGCUCAUGCCUCACAAGUUUGCCGCAACUGGAACCAGGUAUUUCAUAUGCCUGACUUGUGGAGAUGUUUUGAGUUUGAACUGAAUCAGCCAGCUACAUCUUAUUUGAAAGCUACUCAUCCAGAGCUGAUCAAACAGAUUAUUAAAAGACAUUCAAACCAUCUACAGUAUGUCAGCUUCAAGGUGGAUAGCAGCAAAGAAUCAGCUGAAGCAGCUUGUGAUAUAUUAUCGCAACUUGUAAAUUGCUCUUUAAAAACACUUGGGCUUAUUUCAACUGCUCGGCCAAGUUUUAUGGAUUUACCAAAGUCUCACUUUAUCUCUGCGCUGACGGUUGUGUUUGUAAACUCCAAAUCCCUGUCCUCACUUAAGAUAGACGAUACCCCGGUAGAUGAUCCAUCCCUCAAAGUACUGGUUGCCAACAACAGUGAUACACUCAAGCUGCUAAAAAUGAGCAGCUGUCCUCAUGUCUCUCCAGCAGGUAUCCUCUGUGUGGCUGAUCAGUGUCACGGCUUACGCGAACUGGCCCUGAACUACCACUUACUGAGCGAUGAGUUGCUGCUUGCUUUGUCUUCUGAAAAACAUGUUCGGUUAGAACAUUUGCGCAUUGAUGUAGUCAGUGAGAAUCCUGGACAGAUACACUUCCAUACUAUUCAGAAGAGCAGCUGGGAUGCUUUCAUCAGACAUUCACCCAAAGUGAACUUAGUGAUGUAUUUUUUUUUAUACGAAGAGGAAUUUGACCCGUUCUUUCGUUAUGAAAUACCUGCCACCCAUCUUUACUUUGGGAGAUCAGUAAGCAAAGAUGUGCUUGGCCGUGUGGGAUUGACAUGCCCUAGACUAGUUGAACUAGUAGUAUGUGCUAAUGGAUUACGGCCGCUUGAUGAAGAGUUAAUUCGCAUUGCAGAACGUUGCAAAAAUUUAUCAGCUAUUGGACUAGGGGAGUGUGAAGUCUCAUGCAGUGCAUUUGUUGAGUUUGUGAAAAUGUGUGGUGGCCGCCUGUCUCAGUUAUCUAUUAUGGAAGAAGUAUUAAUUCCUGACCAGAAAUACAGUUUGGAGCAGAUUCAUUGGGAAGUGUCCAAGUAUCUUGGUAGGGUGUGGUUUCCAGACAUGAUGCCCACUUGGUAGAGACCGCAUGAUCUAAGGCAUGAUGAACAGCACCUUAACUUUAAGCAUAUUGUAUUAUAAUAAAAGCUUAUUUACUGUAGUUCUGAUGUAAUUCUAUUUUGUGGCACAGAAAUUUGAUACUUGGAUUGAGUAUAUAUGGAUUGUUUAUGGGAAGACCCAUAGACCAGUUUUGGUGAGAAAAGUCCAUAUUUAGCCUAAUAGCAAUCAAAUCUCAGAAAAUUAAAGUUGUUCAGGUGUGAAAGCAAUGACAAAAAGACUAGGCAUUUUGAAGUCUGGAGAAAACAAAACCUAUAUAUUAAAAUAUCCAAGAAGUGAGUACGAAUAGGUUUUCCAAAAUGUCGUGUUCUCUAUGCAUUUUUUAAAAUGUAAACUUGACAUUUUAGGGUCUUCAGUUAUACAUACACCUGUUAUAAGGUGUUUAAUAUAGCUCAGGAAACUGAGCAUUUUGUGAGAAAAAUGUAAGAUAAUUAUAGCUAAUGAAAAAGAUUGGUUGAAUGUUCUCAAAUGUUACAAAGCUGUUACAAGGAAAAAGAGGUACAUAUAAGUAAUUGAAACACUGAGAAACUGAUCAAUGUCAUGAAGUGGUUAUUGUAUGAUGAUAGUAUACAGAGCCAAAAUCAAAUUAAAAGAAAAUAAACACACUAGAAAGGGGGCAGUUUAGCUUUGUAUAAACCUUUAGGUUUGCUCAUAAUCCUCUAAACCAUAUAAAUUCUUUCUGUGCUAUAUUACCAUGUAUGUGGCAGUUGAGGCAUUUGUAUUUAAAGUAAGGAAUGCUUUAUCACUCUCCCUGAUUUUAUCUUUGUUUAAAUGAUGCUUUGAAGUCAUUACACAACCAUUGCAAUGAAAAGCUUAUCUAUUUAAAAAAAGCCAAAUUGAAAUAAACGAAGUGUUUAUAAAUUGUUUCUAAGAAAGAAUAUUUGUCUCCAGUGAAUUUUAGUGAUGGCUCAUUUUUCUAUUUUUGAAUUAUAUAAGUAGAAUUUUUAAGAAAUCAUAAAAGGAACAUCAGUGUACAGCUCAACAUAAAUGAGUAAAUUUAAGAGGAGAUUUAAAUUCAUAAUAGUAUUUUUGAGUAAAUAUUGCUCAGUGGACUGGAAAUUUUUAAUAGAACAAUGUCUCAAGUUUUGUGAUUAAUUUGGUUAAACUGUUAAGUUAGGUAGCAUUUUAUAUUUCAUAUGAAUAAAAGAUAAUCCAUGCGUUGUAGAGUCUGUAAAAAUACUGAGUUUGGGGCUACAUUUAGUUUUUUUAGAUACUAUGUAAGCUUUGAUUCUGGGCAGUAGUACAAGUAGAUUCUGAAUUACCCUCCCAAGGGAAAUGAGAAGUGAUUUAUCCCAGUGGAAUAUACUCAUACUUGCAAUGGCUCUCUUCAGUAGUGUAACUUCCAGAAUGCAUCUUGGCAGUUAUGAAAGCCAGCA